AUGUGUCCCGCAUCUACUGCCUUAACAGAGCCGCUCCCGGGGACUGUCCAUUUUCUCGACGCCGAUCUAUCGAAACCUCAUUUUGGCCUCUCGAACCAGACUUAUUUAAAACUCUUGAAUGAAGUCACCAUUGUAAUCCAUAACGCCUGGCAGGUUAAUUUCAAUUUAUCAAUUGAUUCUUUCGUCGGCCAGAUCCGAGGCGUUCAGCAAAUUAUCGAGUUCUCGGCAUUCUCGAGGUUUGGUGCUCGGCUCUUCUUCAUUUCGAGCAUAAGCGCUGUUACAGGGCGACCCGGUGUCGUCCCCGAGUACGUCUACAAGGACUGGCAAACGGCCGGAACGACCGGGUAUGGAGAGUCCAAGCUCGUAGCAGAACGAAUGCUAAGUACGGCUGCCGAAGAAGCUGAAAUUCCUGUCGUCAUCUGUCGUAUUGGUCAAGUGGCGGGACCUACCACCAAGUCCGGAGUCUGGCCGAGGCAAGAGUGGCUACCAAGUUUGAUUGCGAGCUCGAAGUAUAUGGGCAAGCUUCCUAUGUCUCUAAACCGUAUGGAGGUUAUAGAUUGGAUCCCGGUAGAUUUACUAGGCAAGAGUAUCGUCGAGCUGGCGGUUCACCCAGCGAACCCCCAGAGCAACGGCGCGGUAGUCUAUCAUACAGUCAAUCCGCAGCAGACGACGUGGGAAGCUCUGUUACCUACCGUUACACGGUGCCUUGAUUCGACGGGGAAGAUGGAAGUUGUGCCUCUUGAUGCUUGGGUUCGGGCGCUACGUGACAGCGCACGUAAAACUGAUGAUUUAUCAGCAAAUUCAGCAGUAAAACUCAUCGAGUUCUAUGAAGGCCUCUCAGCGGACAAUAUAAAACAAACCCAAUUGGAUACUGAGAAGGCGGUUCAAGCGUCGGCCACAUUAGGAAGUUUGGGUCCAGUACAUGAGGCAUGGAUGGAAAAUUGGAUAAGACAGUGGGCGUCGUAG